UGUGAUCAUUUAUUAUUUUAUCAGACAAAAAUAAAAUUUGGUUUGUUCGCGAAUUCCAACGCGAUUACAUAUUUCCCAGUAUCUUUCUUUGAUUUUAAAAUAGCAUAUUUCUUUGUGUGUUGUUCUAAACUGGGAGCUGAUUUUAUGCGUUCCACGUUUCUGUUUUGUCAGUCACAGAGAUAUCCUGGAAGCAGUAACCUGCACUCUAGGCCUGCAUUUCAGGCUGCAUCGUGAUCAGCAGUCACACCUUGACCGUGACGCUGGGAUUCCCUAAACGGGAUCGUCUUAUUUCCUUUUUCUCGCGCUCUGUUUAUAUGAAUGAUCACUUAAUUUUUGUUGUAGUUAUUAUUAAGCCUGCCCUUAAGCAGCGAUGAAUACUUUCUUUUCCAACCCAGUGGUUCGCAGGUUUCAGAACUGGCGAAAGUCUUCGGAGCUGGGAGCCAACGAGAACGAAGAGAAAUGGUCCGAGAAAGCCAUCAAGAGUCUGGUGAAGAAGUUGACGAAGAAUGGGCAGGCUCUAAACGACUUGGAGAAAGCUUUAGCCACGAAGGAUCGCAACAGCAAAUGCGUGACUGUACCAAGGUCGAGUGAUGGCCGGUUGCAGGUAUCGCAGCGGAAGGGACUUCCACAUUUUAUCUACUGUCGAAUAUUUCGCUAUCCCGAUUUGACCAGUCCGCAUCAGCUGCGCUCGACCGAGACCUGCAGUAAUGGAUAUAACUCUCGCAAAGAAGCGGUCUGCAUUAAUCCAUACCAUUAUGAUCGAGUUCCAGCUCCAGCUGCUUUACCGCCGAUCAUGGUUCCACGUAAUCAGGGAGAAUCACUGCCACCGCACUCAGAACUGCCGUCGCUUGAUGAUUUAGCCAUGGGAGGAAUCCCCGCAAAUACCGAUCUUCCGGCAGAUUUGGAUCAGUUGGAUUUGUUUUCGCCGUUUUCGGAUACCAGUUCACCACCGUUUUCCCAUGCCAGCGACGAAAACGAUACGGCCGAAUCAUGGAGUGAAUUCAGCGAUUCCUCUGCGCCGACUCUGAACGGAAACAAUAUGAUCAUAACUCCCGUUAACAAUGGUUUUUCGUAUGAGAACAUGGACACGGAACCCGUGAGCUACUCUGAGCCAGCUUUCUGGUGUUCGAUCAGUUAUUACGAACUGAAUGUGCGCGUGGGGGAAACCUUUCAUGCCUCACAACCUCAGGUUUUCGUGGAUGGUUUUACUGAUCCAUCGAAUUCGGAACGAUUUUGUCUGGGCCUUCUUUCGAAUGUCAAUCGGAACAUCGCUGCAGAAAUGACCCGCCGUCACAUUGGCAAAGGCAUCCGACUGUAUUAUUUGGGCGGUGAAGUCAUGGUGGAAUCGCUGGGGGAAGAAGCGGUGUUUGUACAAAGCCCAAACUGUAACCAACGCUAUGGAUGGGCGGCUUCCACUGUCUGCAAAGUUCCUCCAGGUUGCAAUUUGAAAAUAUUCAACAACCAAGAGUUCGCGGCCAUGUUGGCUGCACAGGUGCAUCAAGGUUUCGAGGCGGUUUAUCAGCUGACACAAAUGUGCACCAUUCGGAUCAGCUUUGUUAAGGGUUGGGGAGCGGACUAUCGGCGGCAGACUGUUACCAGCACUCCCUGCUGGGUGGAAGUCUACUUAAAUGGUCCGCUACAGUGGCUGGACAAGGUGCUGAUACAGAUGGGAUCUCCGCGAAUUCCUUGUUCCAGCAUGUCUUAGGGAUACUGACCGGCUGUAACCGGGGGGAUGGGAAUGUGGAUAGUUGAACGGGUGAUACAAUUGCAUGUGACGGAAUGGAUGUGAUGGAAGAUGUCUUUUUGGUUCUCCCAUAGUAUUUUUCUUUCGUUGUUGCUGGUCAGUUUUGAAUUCUGAUAACAGUUUUUCGCGAUUUCAGUCCUCGCAUGGUAUUGUUACGGCUUCGGUUAUAUACAAUUUUUGUUUCCUAUGCAUGCAAGUGCUUUUGAGUUGUUGACUAUGGAAGAGAGAUAUUCUUGUAUGCAGCGCAGUAGAUGACUGUAGGUGUUGUUGGUUAGGUUAGGGUAGGUUUUAUCUGACUGCGCUGUUAGUAUUCUUGGUCUGUUACUUUUAAAUUCGCUAAUUGCCUAUUGGAAUAUUUACGACUAGUUCAACAUCUAACUGAUCUUAGUGAAUUAUGUUGUUAUCGUAAACCGGGAAUCUUCUGAAACCUGUCUGUACCUUUCGGUUCUGGGUCACUGAAUUGCUAGUUUUAUCGUUAAUUAUGGCUUGUUAAUAAUAAAGUUUUUCAGCCUUGCAAUAA